AUGGCACGUGCGGCAGAGGACUUGUCUUAUGAGGACCUGCAGAAGACGGUAGACCCUAUGGUCUGCAGGCCGGUGACGUCUCCAGCAAUCCUGCACUUGCCUGCAGGCAUCUUCACACCAAUGACUCUUCCGCUUCAGGAGAUGGGUCCUUCGGAUAACCCCUCCAUCCAUGUGUUCGAUGUGAUCCCUAGCCACGCAGAAACCAUCGACUUCCGUGACCUGGAAGCGAAGUACAAGUUAGCCGUACUCAACCUCGACCUGAGUCUUCUUCCCGCACCGUUUUGUCCACGACAGUCUGUCCCAAAGGAUACCAAAUUGCAGAUCUUCAUCGUUCCCACUUCGGAUGAGAAACACUACAUCAUCAAGCAUUUCGUCUUCGCCAGCAAGUGCAAAGCCUGCUUCUUCUUGGCCUCCGUAUACGGCAAGGCUCACAUCUACAGAUGGCGGGCGGCAAAUCCCAAGGUAGGCAAAAAGAUCCUCCAAUACACCCUUGAGAACUUGGGGUGCUAUCAAUUCAAAGUCUUUGACCUCCAAACCUUCUCUGCCGCGAAGAAUACCAAUACCCGCUUUGAGGACAAGACGGACGAGGAGGUGGAUGCGGGGUUUGACUACAUUGCCACGGAAGGCCCUCGUUCCUCUAGCGAAAUGCAACAGUUGAGGUGGAUGAUGAAAGCAAUCAAGAAUACAAGCUCUCCAAUCUUCAACUGGCCGAACAGUCUCGUUGAGAAAGCCCUUCGCAAUCUCGCUACUGACGGAGCCUUGGCUAAAAAGAUUGAGGAGUGGCCUAUUCCAUUCACGAGCACCUUCUACCAUACUUGGGUUCUGGACAUCUUCGAAAAGGUGUGGGAUUUCGAUACCUCUGCCCUGGUACUUCUCGGUGAAGCUGGAGCUGGGAAGUCGCCUUUGGGGCGCAGUGUCUUGAUGGCUCAGGUGCGACACAAUCAGAUCCGCUUCAGCAGUCGCCAAAAACCUUGCAUCAGAUGUACCCCUGAAAUCGAUUUCCUUCGUGGUGAGCAGGGACAUGUCGCCAUGGGGGAUUUCUUGGACGACACGACCAUCAAGUGGCUCUCAAACAAGAUGUUGAAGUCCUUGCUGGACGUGGGUCUAUAUGAGGCCAUGUCAUGGGCACGCUGGGGUGCUGUGAAAUGGGUACAGAAUCAGCCUCGAGCCGUCGCUGACAAUACUUUCGAUGAGGACUACAAGGUCAAAACAGAGAGCUUCUUGCCCAGUGUCCCCCACGAGGAGUUCUCCAAUAUCAUCAAGCCUGCAUUCGGUCCUGACAUCACCAAAGCCCACAUGAAUGCAAUCUUCAAGCGAAGCGUCUUCGUGGUAAACACAGACACGCACAUCUACUACAGAAAGGCUCGCAUCAAUCAAGAUCGCAUUCCUCGUAUCGAAAUUCCAAAUGCGGAGUAUAUGACGGAUGCGGGCAAAGCCUUGUACGGUGUCUUCAAGGAUGGUGGUCGUCUUCUACCUCCCGACUUCAACGCCCAGGUGCGUCGGGAGCAGGAAUGGGUGUCGAAACUUGUUGAGAAACGCCAACAGGAGCGCCGUCCAGACCAUCAGAAACGCUUGCAAGUUCGUGAGGCUCUGUUCGGCCGCGAACCUACCUCAUCGGAGCCUCUCCACCGGCGCAUCAAGAGGGAACAAGCGGGGGCUCACGCAGAAGCGGUGAGCAAGAAGGCUAGGACAUGGGCCACGGAGCUGAAAGCUUCCAAGUCCGUCAUCGACCUGGACACGCCGCCACGCCGUUCUUCUGAGCCGGCAAGGCUUGUGCAUGUUCCCAACCCAGAUUUCGCAAACGACUCCGAGGAGAUGGACGUGGUGUCGGAGGAAGAGAAUGAUCCGCUGGGUUUGGGCAUGCACAUGGCAACGAACAGCUUCGCAUCGGCGACUUGCCUUGACAGUGAAACGCUUACACUGGUGCGGUCGCAGGCCUCACGAUGCAAUAGCUGUGGUAGUGCACUUCGUCACAACUUCGUCUGGUUGGGUGGCCAGAAGAUCAACUGUAUGACCUUUCACCAGAUGCAGAGAGCAGGUGUCUACUUCGUGACCCAGAAGACGUGCUUCACCAUGAAGUACCUGCAUCUGUGCUACCUCCGCCUACUCCGUGCCAAGACCUCCCCUGGACAAGAAGCCGCUGUUCGUCUCCUGGCAGAUUCGCACCACCCGCUACAGUUUUGGCAAGAACAUUCCUUGCGCGAUAAUCUCCUGCACGCCCUCGAGGGCUUCGCCGUGGCCAAGAAUGAGCCGGAUAAGGUCAUAGAGUUUAACCUUGAGUACCCCGCGAAGUCCAUCGUGAACAUGUCCGGUGCGUCGUCCCACGUCCAUGUCUUCGAGCCGCCCACGUCCGUUACCGCGGUCUGCUGCGACGGCAACUUCGGAGUUCAUCGUGCUCUGCUUUCAGGAGUGGACCCUCCCAGGUCUGUGAGACUGAAAGGCAAGCCACGCAAGCUCAUUGGUGAUUUCACACGCACAUGCUCCUGCAAACAGAAGGACGCUGUACGUCAGGUGCUACCCGAUCGGACUGCUGGAUGGCAAUUUGUCUUGGACCCUUCCUCUCAACGUCUUCUUGGGGCUUGCGAACAUCUCGUAAAUGAACGGUCGUCCGACAAAGUUCGACUCCUGCAAGCCGUCCUCGAUAUGCCAAACAUGAAGGUUGACUUCAUUAUCCAUGAUGAUGCCUGCCACUUGGAGGAGUCCGUUGUAGCUUUCUUCGUACUCGCGAUGCCGUACUCGGUGGUGUCCGUUUCAGGCCACAUGUCCCGCAAGGGUGGUGGCAAGUUCACCCUGGACUUGGGUGUGAGCGCUGCGGACUCAACCCCGGACCGCGAACCUCCGGCAGCUAAGACGUUGCACCAGCAGCUGCAGGAUGGAAGCCUCCCGGCACAUCCGUCCAAAGCGGCUAUGACUGUUCGUAAUCUACAGACCCAGAUCGCUAACAUCAAGCGCAGCGUGGGUUUGGGGUCGAAUAGCUGGUCCGAUGAAGCUGAGGAGGCCCUUAAGACUUGGCUACGUCGCCCUAAACUGUCUUCGGCUUCUUCCUCCAUUUCCGGGGACCGCGACAGUGGGUCAAGUCUCAAACGUAAGAUGCUCGUGAUGGCCCAGACGAUCGACGACCUCGAAGGCGUAGUGGCUCGCGCCCAGUGGGAUGCAGAAAAGCACGAAGAGACCGUGACUGAGCUCAAGAAGCUCAAGGCUAUUCUCAAAGAGAACGGCCUUCAGCAUCUGUAUGAGGAAGCCUCAUGA